AUUCAGCCCUUGUAAAAGUUACUUGAAAAGAAGGAACUGUUCCUCACAAAGCCCGUUGAUAUUAUUUUGCUAAUCUCUGCUAAAUGCUUCAGAAAUAGCACAGAUGGUGUCAGAACUUAAGUUCUUUUGUGUUAUAGCACAUGUAGAAGAGAUCUUUGUAAUUUGUUUCAACAUCUCAUGUAUCUCUUCCUUCUUACUAGACCUAACAUUACAUUAUAGGGUACUUGCUUUAAAAGGAUACCCAUCUGUAGUGACUGUACUGACAUAACUUAAAUAAAAAAAAAAAAAGCUGGUAGUAGACAAAGUUUGAAAUGGAGGAAAGAAUUUAGUCUUUCCAGUCAGAUUACAGUUCUGAAGUUCGCAUAAAAUAGGAGUAACAAGUUCUGUUGGUUGUGGUGGAUCUUUUCUUGAAAUUAUUUUGUGUUGUGCACUGGAGGUCUUUUUUUCCUACCUAUCUCUUAACUUGUUUAAGGAUUCAGCCUCACUGUCAUAAAUUCGUAGAAUAGCUGGGGUUGGAAAAGAUUUUCAAGAUCAUGAAGUCCAACUGCACCCUAGCCAUACUAUGUUGACUCUCCACUGCUAUUGUCCCUGAAUAAUUCAUCUGCCUUUCUUUCCUUUCUUACUGAUCCAUUAUUAUUUUCUAUGUUGAACUGGUGAUUCUUCUUGCUUAUUAGUGUUUUAUCAUUCCAUAGUUAUGUAAUAUACAGCUUCCACACAUACGAUAAUUGUCCUUCAAAAGUUGCAUUCCUUCAAGCAGUAAUUUAAAUGCAUAAAUAUAGAAAUGUGCUCCAGGUUAAGUAUGAUUUAUUUUGCAGGCGAGCUUAAGUGACUGUAGUGUCAUUUGCUGUGUUUUGUAACUUUUCUUUAUGUGCUGUGUUCUGACUGAUCUCGGUGGCUGUAUGCUGUUUCCUCAGUUGCAUCUGUAAGACACCUGGGUUUAGACUGCCGGGAUGUUUGUAGUUUUUCUUGUUGCUAUGAGCAUUUGAAUGUGCAGGUUUAUCGACCCCUAGUGGAUUGUUAAGGAAACGGCAGUUAAGGGCGAACUGAAAAGUGCUACUGUGAGUACUGCUCCGAAAGUAAUGCCUCCCAUUUUUUCUCAGCUCUUGAUGUCAGAAGAGGAUUUUGGUGAUACGGCAGUAGAGGUUGAGCCUUCCCACCAACACUGCAGUAUGUUUUGUUGCUGUGUAACAGAUGGCAGCAGAAGGGCAGUCUGACGGAAUGGCGCCUGACACGGAUGAAACAAAGGUGUGGAAUUGAAUUCUGCCAUGCAGAUACAAUGACACCCACUGGCAUUCAUUGAUGCUUGCUGGACAUUUAUGGAGCCUAAAGAGUGGGUGUGAGCACAGUGAGGUGGUGGAUGCUACAUUUCAGCAGUGAUCAGUCCGUUAUCUCCACUGGUGCAGAUAUUUGUGAGCACGGUGUGCAGCCUGUCAUUGGUUGCUGGUGAAAAUGCACAACGAAUGGUGGUGACUAUGUUGAAAAAUAAUGCUUUAAAGCUGAGAAUGGUGUUAUGAGGCAUUACUUCCAGAGCAACCUGUAUUUUUGAUUGCUGUGUCUGUUUUAAUGCUGUUUCUUCUGUUUGCAGCUGGAUUAGUUCCUGAAUUUCUCAGCUGGUGCUCUGUUUCCUACCUUCACAGAAUUCCUGCUAUGACAGCUCUGAUUAACACUGCUGCUAAAACUUAAACAUGCCGUUAGGUGCCUGCAUUUUAAUGCAUACAAUGCUUUUAGCUGUAUCUGAGUAUUUUAAAACGACUGCUUAGCAGAUAUCUUAAGAGAAAAAAGUAUUUUUUCUUAGUGUGAGCUAAAUUUUUUUUUUUAACAAGCUGGAAAAGCUAGGAACUUGGACAGCAUGAUAAAAAAUAUGAAUUAACUUCUAAAUCAUUUGCUCAAUCUACACUGACUACUUAGUUUUUAUUAAAUAUUUAUAAAGUUAUUGGUAAUAUCCUGAGACCUGGCCUUAAAAUAUUAGUUGACCUAAUGUUGUGGGUUUUCUGCUAAACCAGGCUUGUUAAUUUAUAGCUGUGUAAAAUCAUGCAUUUCUACCAAAUUCCUCUAAAUUAACCAAAAGUAGCUCUAUUUUUAUUAUUUAUAAUUUUAAGUUAUGUUUAUGAUAUCUGAACACAGGUCUGCUCAUGUCAUGAGUGAACUACUAAUAAAAUUUGAUUCCUGAGAUCUUUGUUAGGAUCUAUUCAUUACAUUCUGAUCUUCACUACAAGUCUACAUCUGCCAUGUUUCCAAGUAUAAGGAUGAGAAAUGAGUUAGUAUUCUUUACUUACUUGUAAAGUAAGUAAACAGGAAGUAACUUCCAUUUUUUUAAAUCGUGCAUUUAAAUGUGUAGACUUUAAGUGAUGUUUUCUAUCAGCGGUUAAAUAUUCCUUCAAAAUUUAUAUACCUUAAAAUAAGGAAAAGUUUGCAUAUAAUUUUUGGCAGCAUUUAGUAUUGUAGUUACUGUGUAAAUCACACUGUUUAAAGUUUAAAAAAAAAAAAUGUCAGAAAGACCUCAAAUUCAUAUUUUUGUUGGAGCACCCAGUAUUUCAAGCCUGCUAGAUGUGUCGGAACAAAGUAGUUCAGUACCUGCUGUUGAGAAGUGGAAAGAACUCCACUGUUCCUAUGAUAUACACAAUCUUUUUAAUGAAGAAGACAAAGGUACUGACCAUUUAGUGUUUCAAGCAGGAAACUCUGUAGUCACAGCAGUUCCCACAAAUGAUUACAGCUCUCAGCAGUCUAAACAGAAGAGAUUAAUGGUAGAAAAGGAGUGUUUGAAAUCUUUUGUACCUGUGGUAGUAACUUGUGCUACUUCAUCCCAAAAGACAAGAGGUUUAAUUUAUUCUGAUUUUCAAAUAUCCAAAGAUGGGCACAUAAGUGCACACACAGAUGAGGCUGCAGAUUGCCUCCCUCAGAUACUUGUGAAAUCAGGUAGACAGGAUGAACAAUCACAUGGCAGUUGUUCAGACUUCACUGAAAGAAAAUCCAGUCACUUAAGAAUUAGGGACUCUGACAUUUCUGAUCUGGUUGGUAGUACAAAGCAGAUCAACAUACACCUAAGCUCUGUGGAACAAGGUGUUGAAUCGAAUCACAGAAAUGAUCACCAUGAACAUUUAAGUAGAUAUCUAAAUAUGUUUUUCCCCCAAAAUCAAGAGUCAAAAGCAAAAGGAGAAUUGAGUGACUGUUCAGAUCUUGCAGUGUCGACUGAUACUGAAUUUCGUAGCAUAAUGACUUCAAGUCAGGUAGCUGCUUUUGCACAGGAUCACUUUAAGAGCCAGAAUGAGAUGCGGAAAAGAACCGUAGAACUAUUGAAGAUAGAAGGACAGAGUAAGCAUGAAGAAAGGCAAUGUGAUGACUACCAAUUGGAAUCUGGUGCUGGAAGAUGUCUCUGUUUGGCUGAAAAUGAGUGUAAGCAGGAGUAUACAAGUUCCCCUGAACUUUUCAGUUCUGAUGGUGAUGAGAAAAACAUUGGCUUUGAAGACACAAGAAGAGAAAAAAGCUCUAAUGAAAAUGCAGGGGAGUCUCAUGAAUGUAAAGUUCCUGCUGGGCAAUUCAUAAAUGAAAUCCAUAUUGAACCAUUGAGCUCGGGGAUACUGUGCUCUCAAGUAGAAAGCUCUCGUAAGAACUCUUAUAAAAGAGCCCACAAGUCUGAAGAUCUUUUUCAUAUUUUUAACACAACAUUUAAAAGGCAGCUUAAAUCAAAGAGAGCUAAAUUGAAUUCUUCCCCAUCCGGUCCUGGAAUGGCGGUGGGUCAAGAGUGGAUGGAGUUCAAGCCUCAAGGGAAAUUAGUAUCACCACUUAAGGACUGCUGCUGCAAAAAUCAGAAGUACAAUGUUUUGGUCACCGUAGUACACCCGUGUCUUAUCAAAGAAAUACAGAUGAAGACCAGACCCAAAUCUUCAUGUAAAGUUCCUGUAGCAACAAUUGUAGUUAUUGAUCAGUCAGGAACUAAGAGAAAGGUGGUGCUGUGGCGUGGUGCUGCGUUUUGGUCGCUCACUGUGUUUCCUGGAGAUGUCGUAUUACUUACAGAUAUCAUGAUGUAUGAGAAUCACUGGUAUGGAGAAAUAAUGCUGCAGUCUACAUUUACCAGUCAGUUACUGAAUCUGGGGAACUACUCAGUUCUUAAUCCAGAAGAAUUUUACCCUGUAGUGAAUGGUGACGUUCUCCAUGGCUUAUUGGCAUAUGUAUCAUCAGAAUUUCCUCACUUUGGAGACAUUCCACGAAGGCAGGUUCAGAGACUGGACAGUGUUCAGUAUGUUCAGCUUGACCAGCUUCAGCCAAACACUUUGGUUCACUCCAUCUUAAAAAUUAUCAGCAUUGCCAUAUUAACAGAAUCUGUGUAUAGCUACAGAGGAGGCUACCAGAGAAAAAUCAUUCUAACAGUAGAACAGGACAAAGAUCAACAGUACAAGAUGGUGCUGUGGGGAGCAGGGGCUGCCUGGUGCCCUCAACUUCAGAGGAGAAAAGGUCAUCUGUGGGACUUUAAAUACCUUCUGGUUCAACGCAGUUCUGUCUCAGGUGACUUUGAACUGCACUCAACUCCGUGGUCAUCCUGUGAGUGUUUGUUUGAUGAUGACAAAAGAGCAAUUGCAUUUAAAGAAAGGUUUCAGAAAAGCAAAGCAUCCCUUAUGAAAGUGACAAAUCUCUCAGUGCAUUUGGAGGAAAAAUGCUCAGGAGUGAUUCAAGUGAAAGCCCGUGUCUUACAGCUGAAGUUUACUAUUUCAACUGGUCAGUACAGGCAGCUCAUCUUCCAUGCUGACACUUCACUGGAGUGUGUUCUGGCUUCUCUGCCUAUAAUUACAUACUCGGGUUGUGCUAAAUGUGGCUUGGAACUUCAGGCAGAUGAGAACAUGAUCUACAAGCAGUGUUUUAGAUGUUUACCAUACAACAAAGUAAAAAUAUUCUACAGACCCGCUUUGAUGACAGUGGAAGAUGGAGGAUGUGAGAUUAAUAUACAUGUGGUGUCUGAGCUGAUGGAAAAAAUCUUCCUUAAUAUUCCUGCAGAUUGGCUGACAAGAUCAGUAGUGCCCUCCUCGGAUAUAACCUAUGGCAUGAUAGUCGCAGAUCUGUGUCAUUCACUGCUAGCAGAUAUGGAAGCAUCCUAUUUGUUGGAAAUCAGAAGCCAUUUUGUGCUGGAUGAAAACAGCUAUCCUUUGCAAAAGGAUUUCCACCUGCUAAAUUUUCAUCCUGAUCUUUGAAGCAUUAUCUUUUGCAGUGACUGAAUAAGAGACUGUAAGGCAUGGAUUGCAAACCUAAGGAGAAUGAAUUAGCUCAAGGAAGCAAAUGGUUUAAAUAUAAAUAAUCAGAAAAGAACGGGUAUGGUAUAUGAGCUGAUUGUAUGUAGUAUUGCUGUAAAACUUUGCAAUUGUUGUAAAAUAAAUGAAUAUAUACAUUUUUAAUCUUAAUAAACUCUUGCCGAUAUCUCAA